AUGAUCCCAAAUAACUCUGAAUGUUCAGUUGCAGGACCAGCACUGCCUCCAGGCUACAAAAGCAGCUGUAGCUCAGAAACUCCUGACAGUGAAGACGACUCGGAAUCUCUUCCUCUACCCAGAAAUGCAAACAGAGAUUCUGAAGAGGAGACAGAAGGAGAUCCAGCAUCCAAAAAGCCAAAAAGAAUUCUUGAAGACGAUGAUGAUGAUGGCUUUUUUGGGCCUGCUCUUCCUCCUGGAUUUAAAAAACAGGAUGAUUCUCCAGAGAGGCCCAUUAUAGGUCCUGCAUUACCACCUGGCUUUAAGAGACCUUCAGAGGACACCAGGAGUAGCAAAUGUUUCAUAGGACCAUCUGUUUCAUCAGAACUCAGUCCUCAGGUAACAGAUAGUAGCGAGGAAGAAGACAAUCUUAUAGGCCCAAUGCCUGCAAAAGGACCGGUGGAGUCUGAUGUGACUGAAGAAUUUGAACGCAGAGCUCAGAGAAUGAAAGAAAAACUUACUUCAGCAGACAGCAAUGAACCUAAGCAAGUUACCAGGGAAUCAUGGAUGACAGAGCUUCCACCUGAGUUGAAAAGUUUUGGAUUUGGCCCAAGAACAUUCAAGAGACGAGCUGAUGACACAUCAGGCGAUAGAUCUAUUUGGACAGAUACUCCAGCUGACAGAGAGAGAAAAGCCAAGGAAAGAGAAGAGGCAAAAAAGUCAACGAGUAAGGAUAAGGAAGAAAUAGUGUUAUCUGGGAGGGACAAGAGACUCAUUGAGCAAGUGACUUCAUACAAUGAGUCAAAGAGGUCAGAAUCUCUCAUGGACAUACAUCAGAAAAAGCUGAAGAGCAAAGCUUCUGAAGAAAAGACCAAACCUCAAGAAAGAAGGCCAUUUGACCGAGACCAGGAUCUCAAAGUCAAUCGAUUUGAUGAAGCACAGAAGAAAGCUCUUAUAAGAAAAUCCAGAGAUCUGAAUAGUAAAUUUGAGCACAGUAAAGGCAAUAUGUUUUUAUAAGAUAAAAGCUUUUUUGAAGUCAAUUAAACUUUGCAUACUUAAUUUUUGUAAGUAUUUUUCUGUAAAUAUUUGUAUGCAAAAUAAAUAUCCGUAUGCAAAAUAAA